AUGAUGCCCUACCGGGACGGCCACAAAGGCGGCGGCGGCGGCGGCGGCCUCCCUAGGGAGCCCCCCGAACCUCCGUACGACCGCAAGCGGCGGCACCAGGAGGACUCCGGCUCCGAGCCCAGCGACUACGAGGAGCAGAAGGAGGAGGAGGAAGCUCGGAAAGUCAAAAGCGGCAUCCGCCAGCUUCGCCUCUUCAGCGCCGAGGAGUGCGCCAAGAUCGAGGCGCGCAUCGAGGACGUGGUGUCCCGGGCGGAGAAGGGGCUCUACAAGGAGCACACGGUGGAUCGCGCUCCGCUGCGGAAUAAGUAUUUUUUCGGGGAAGGCUACACCUACGGGUCACAGCUGCAGCGGCGAGGCCCCGGGCAGGAGCGGCUGUACCCGCGGGGGGAGGUGGACGCCAUCCCCGAGUGGGUGCACGACCUGGUGAUCAGGAAGCUGGUGGAGCACCGGGUGAUCCCCGAGGGCUUUGUGAACAGUGCCGUCAUCAACGAUUACCAGCCGGGGGGCUGCAUUGUCUCCCACGUGGACCCCAUCCAUAUCUUUGAGAGGCCCAUCGUCUCCGUGUCCUUCUUCAGCGACUCGGCGCUCUGCUUCGGCUGUAAAUUCCAGUUCAAACCCAUCCGGGUGUCGGAGCCCGUUCUGUUCCUGCCCGUCAAGAGGGGCAGCGUCACGGUGCUCAGUGGGUACGCGGCCGACGAAAUCACACACUGCAUUCGACCACAGGACAUUAAGGAGAGGAGAGCUGUCAUCAUCCUCCGAAAAACAAGACUAGAUGCGCCUCGAUUGGAAACAAAAUCCCUGAGUAGCUCUGUGUUGCCACCAGGUUAUAACUCUGACCGCCUGUCGGGAAACAACCGGGACCAGAUCCUGAAACCAAAGCGGUCCCAUCGCAAAGCAGAUCCUGAUGCUGCCCACAGGCCACGGAUUCUAGAAAUGGAUAAGGAGGAGAACAGGCGCUCUGUCCUCUUACCAAAACAUAGGAGACGGAGCAACUUCAGCUCUGAGAACUAUUGGCGAAGGUCUUACGAGUACACGGAGGACUGUGACGAGGACGAGGAGGACGGCAGCCCCGCCAGGAAAGUUAAAAUGAGGCGACACUGAGGAUUGCACUUCCCAGGCUCGUGGAGCUGAUGAGAUUGGCCUCCAGUCUGUGAAAACUUUCUCCUCCCUCUGGCUAUCUUCCAUCUAGCUUCAGUUUUGGUUUUUCCUUUCAGGCUGAAGAGUAAACAGGAAGGAUUUGCUUUUAUGAAUGGAGGAAUGCUGAGACAUACGUGAGGAUGGAACAUGUCCAGUGCACAUGGUGUCCUGAGUCAUGGGUCAGGCGGGCAUCUCUCCCUUAGGAAGCAGAUAAAGUUAUGCCAGGUUGUCUGUUGGGAUUUCUUUUGAAAACACCAAAAAGUUUAACUGUUUCAUUGUGCAAGAUUCAAGAAUUGUAUUUUUGUUCUGGUUUUUUUUUUUGUUGGUUUUUUUUUUUCUUUCUUUUUUGUUUUUGGUUGGUUUUUUUUUGCUUUAACACUUUUCCUUUCCAAAUGUUCUAAAUAUGAUGUUUGACCCCAGGAGCUAAAAUUCCAUGGUGGGCUCAUAUUCCUUGUUUCACCAAAGGGCUCCUUGGUCUCUUCUUACCUGGUGGUUUUUGGGUCUGUUUUAAGGGUGCCCUGCAGUAACUGGAAGUUUGAAGCUUUGCAGACCCCUCUUGCUGCGAUCAAUUUCAAAGGGUUUAGGACAUUUUUGUUGCACUUUAGUGUUUUAAAUGCCGAAGGUUUCCUUUCCAGACCCUUUUCCCAAGCCAGCAUGGGCUCGCAGCCCCGUGUCCCUGCGCUGCCCUCUCCGAGAAGAAUGUACUAGAGCUCUGGUUUCUCAGUGCUGGUCUGACUGGGGGCGUGCUGUGGUUGAGGAGGAAGGAAACGAGGCCCAGCAUUGUCUCGAGAUCCAUAUUGGAAUCUCAGGGCUGCCAGGUGAGGGAUCACACUGAGCACAUGCUGCUUCCCAGAGCUGGGGAUAGCCAAGAGGAGUAGGAGACGCUGUGCUUGUGAGGGCUUGUGCCUUGGGACCCCCGAGAAGAGCCUUUCUCCACUGCCCCUUCCAGGUGGAGAGAGAGUCAAUGCAGCAUUCCCAGCAAUCCCAUCCCGAGGGACUGGCUGCACUCCCACAGAGCAGGAACAGGAGCUGCUGAGGCCUUGGGGGAGCCGAGCAGCUCUGUCCCCUCCAAGGCUGGCUCUGGGAGCAGGGACACUGCAGGGGUCGAGUUUGGCCCCAGUUCAGUGCAUCCAGCACUGAAGUUGCCUGCUUUCUCCUGACUUAUUCUUGCCUGUGAUCCUGGGGUAGGGAGCUUCUUGGUUGCUACAGGAAAUGCUGAGAAGAAUCAGGUGUUCAGCCCUGUGGAGUUGUGUUAAAGCAUCUGCCAUCAUCAUCUUCUUCUCCCACCUGGUUUGUGUUAACCCAGACCAAAGCCUUGGUGUUUGCAAAGUUUGGGGCCCGAUGCCAUAUUUAGAGCUGUACUUUUAAGGAAAACUUCCUCCAGUUGAUUCUUUGAACCCAAGUGUUGGCAGUUGUAAGGAGUAGUCUUAUUUUUAAAUUUUUACUGCUUUGCCCUCCCUCCAAUUGUAGUUUUUCUUAGUGUCGUGUCCCCCACACACUUCAUGGUCUGCACGCUUGGCAAUAAAAAGAUGUAAUAUAUUUUGAAACCUG